UCAACACGGAAUUUGGCAAAAAAGCCUUCCCAUUUAGAGCUGCAAAAGCGUGGAAUAAUCUUCCAGACCAAUUGACCUGUGAUGGAAGUCUGCUUUCGUUUAAUGUAUCUCAAUAAUCUUUAAUAUCAUCUCUAAUGUAUUUGGCAAAUUCUAAUGGAGAUCACUUUUUAACUUUUUAAUUUUUAUUUUUUAUUCUUUUUUUUUUCAAUUUUCACAGAUUAUAAAUGUUAAUAUUUUUGAUUGAGCUGAGGCAAUCUAAGGUUUAUAAUUUUUUGUUUCUUUUUGUUCUGGUGGCCCCCAGUUGAAACAAUCCAGUAACUAUAGGUUUUUGUGAUUUUCUGGCUACUUUAAAUAUUUAUUAUUAUUAUUAUUAUUAUUACUAAAGAGCACGCCUGAUUUUCACAUGGUGUGUGCGAAGGCAUGCGCGUGCGACAAAGACUGUCUAUUGUUUAAUUUCUUUUUUCAAAAAUUUAGAUCAGGAUAAAGUUAUGAACAUAAUUUGUAUAGCUAUAGAUAAAGAAAAUGCAAAGAAAAAGUAACAAGGACUUCAAGUUUAUAUCAGAGAAUUGGAAAAUUCUUCAAGAACUAAAGGAAGAAACAAAGAAAUUAAAGCAAUUUGAAGCUUCAGCUGUUGCAGAAUACUUAGAAGACAAAGAAGAAGAAGACAAUGAACCUUCAAAGUUAAUUUUACCAAGCCAGUAUUGUGGAGUUACGUCAUCAGAAUCCCCAGCAACUACAACUGGACAUGCAAUAUCAGUUGAAAAGUAUUGUCGUCGAUCACUUUGUAUUCCUAAAUCUGACCAAGAGCAGUCAGAAGAAAUUGUGGCGAAGGAUGAAAUCGCACCUUUCAUUGACGGAGGAUGCAUGAAUACAGUGCCAUGGUUAUCCACACAAGUAAAGACUGGAUCAAAUAUACAACACAAAGAAACUUCACAGCAAAAGCCAAAUAAAUUUUGUUCUGUACAGCAGCAUGAGUUAACAUCUCACAUUCCAUCUCCACUCGCUUCAAUUUUGUAUUGCUUGAUGAAUAUUCCAAAGUUUCAGAAUUUUAUUGGCAAUCUUUCACUAGAUGUUUUAAAAGAUGCAACCAGAGAGAACUAUCCGACCAUUAGUUUCUUCAUGGAAGCACUUUCCAUUUACAUUGACCAAGCAAAUAUUUUAUCAGAUACAUUUUGUUCAAUGUUCUUAUCUCAAGAUCUUUCUACAUCUCUUCAUGAAGAGUCACCGACUUCUUUAUUGUUGAGCAUGUUAGAAAUAUUUCAUGAAGAAUUAGUACAAGCUAAAAGUAACAAAAUUGUUAGAAGUGUAUGUACGGAAAAAUGCAAGUUCCUAAGCAAAGAAAAUCAUACCAUUGUGAGCCAUUUGUUUAGAGGUCACCUUAAGAGAAAGAUGACUUGUAAAUGUGGUUUCACAAAAACUGAAAAUGAAGCUUUUACUGAAAUCCAUGUCCCAUAUAACGCUAUUGAAGAAAAAUGUAUAAUUAUGACAUAUGCUGGAUGGAAUGAACAAGGACAUUUUCUUCUGACAAGGUUUAUGUUUUCUGUCUCUGAUUGGAGCACUGUUGGUGAUUUAAAGGAUAAAUUAAUGACCGUUCUGCACAAAAAAAAAUUGGAAGUUGCUGCAGAUGGUAUAGCAUUGUACUUAUACACACCUAAAGAACUGAUACAACUUUCAGCGAGCAGCAAAAUUUUCUCAUUGAUGUGUGAAGAUGGUCAGAUUUGGGCUUUCAAUACAAUAGCUGGGGAUUUAUCACUUAACAUGAGUGUUUGUUCUAUGCACACAAUGUCGUCCACCAAGCCUGAUGAGAACCUGGUUUCCACAAGUACGCCUGCUGUAUCUAUUGUGUCGGAGCAAAACACAGAUGUCGAUGAAAUAUUACAGAUUAAAGAAAUACCAACACAAAGAAAAAGUUAUUCUGCGUUAACAUAUGUUCAGUUGAGUUUCCCAUCAUCAAUGUCAACUGUGACAGUGGUACUGUGUUUUCCUCGAAUAUGCCAUGGCUUGCAUAUAUUCGAACGAUUGAAUCGAAUCUUUGACAUACAUCAUACAGACUACAAGAAUAUUUCAAUGUGCAUCAAAAACAAAAUUGGCCAUUGUAUAUUCUGUCUAAACCCUUGCUGUGCUGGAUGUCCUGUUCAACUCAAUGACAAAAUUAUGAUGAGUCAGCAUUAUACAAUCACUCUUUUAUUCCAUGAUGACAAAUAUAAGAAGAUUCUGGCUGUUUAUGACGAUUCUUCUGUAGCUGCGAACUCUCCAUAUGAAUGCAUCACACUAAAUGAAUGUUUGAGAGGAUUUUAUGAACAACGGUAUACCUCUACAUGUCCAUCUUGCUUUAAUGAUGCAACAUGGCUUCCAUGUGAUACGAUGGUUUCCAAAUUUCCAGAGAUACUCAUCGUUACGUUUCCUAAUGGACAGGGCAAAGAGAUGUGUCUACAGUAUCCUGUAGAUAUGAUGAAUCCGUACCUACACAAACGUGUACAUAGUAGCAAUUAUUUUUUGCGAAGUGUUAUCACUAAUGAUGGAGAGCUGUCAACAUUUAUGAGGAAUGAUGAAAGUGAAGGGUGGACGAUAAAAUUUGGUGAUUCUGUGCAGUCCAUCUCCUCGCCACCUUCAACAAACAUUGAAGUUCUAUUUUACGUACGAGAUACCUCGAAAUCAAAAAUUAGAUCAAGAUUGACCCGGAGUGUACAAAGAAAACAAAAAUCGAGAAUGCUUGCUAAAGCAAAGUUUUCAGGACGAACUGGUCAAGUCAAGAGACAAUUUGGGACAAAAUCAUAUCAUCAGUCAAGUGUAAGUUCUUCUUUUAAUGGUCGGUUUACACCACUGUCAAAUGCUACGUCCGAUCAACAUAGUGUCUGCAACUGCGAGAGAUGUCACACAUUGGAUAAGAUGCAGUCACAGGUCGUCAGUGGCGUCUGAAGCACCGUUCAUUUUAGAACAAAGAUUACAACAUUCCAUGCGGAAGCAAAACUUAAAAUCAGUUGUUAAAUGUCUCAACAAUGGAGUUGAUGUCAAUUACCUGUUAAAAGGGACCAGUGCUCUCCACCUUGCUGCUGGUAUUUUUCUUUUUUGUUAACUGCAAAUCAUAACCAUUGGAUAUAUUUUAUAUAUUUUUA